CUAAAAAUGAAAAAUGAAAAAUUUAUAGCUGAACUUAUCAUCAAAUUCUGCAACCAUCUCGAUAUAUAUUGAUAAAAGCAUUAUUCCAAACGAUUCUACAUUAUAACAUCCCUUGAUGAAUCGCCAAGGUCAAAAUGAAAAUGAUGAAAUAAAGUGACGCGAAUGGAUGAUGCUCGGCGAGUGAAGGGGUCCAAGUCUAACAUGGAGAAGACACCAGGGAAGAGUGGCCAGGGGGCGACCUCUGGUAGCAAGUCCAGUCAUGGAAGUCGAGUCAGUAGGUCUUCACGAAACAGACAUCCAGCAGGCAUGCCGGAGACGCCACCUGUUAGUCUUGUUUCAUGUGACCCAUCAACGACCAAUCAGAUGUUACAGUCGUGGUAUAACUACAGCAUGUACAAUAUGUUCCUGAAUGCUGUGGCCAACCAAGCUGCUGUGGCAGAUAUGAUGAAUCGGAGUCAGAUGCAGCUGAUGCCUGAUUUGACAUCCCCUAAGCCAGGAGUGCCCCCGCAUAAGAAAGGCUCACCUGUACCGGGGGUGCCAACAAGUCAGAGUCACAGCAGCCAUGCCCAGAGACAUACAUCUUCGCAUACUCAUUCCAGUGCUCCUGCUAACAAUACUGCCACUACUACCUCCAGGAGUAUAAAACCUUCCCUGCCACGAAAAGAUGCAUCUAAUCAACCGGCUAGUAAACUUUCCAGUCUGUCUGCUAGUACGAGUUCUAGUCGAACAUUACAUAGGGGUGGUGCAGCUCAGCCCCCUAGAGACAGCUCUGGUGUGAAGGACUCGCGUGGGCGUUCUAAUACACAACCACCUUCCACCGCUUCAACCAGUUCUAGUUCAAGUCAUGUCCCAAGCAGAAACAUCAUACCCGCACACAUAAAAAAGGACACAAAUAAGCUCAUUGAUGACCUUAUUCAUAAAGCUUAUGGAAAGACGCAGGCUUCUUCAAUGAAAACUGUUGUGCCUGCCCAUUCGAAGAAAGAAAUCACCAGCGUUCCUGAUCGAACUAGGGAAAGUUACCAACAUGUAUUUAGUCCUGGGGCAUUUACUGCAAAGCAACUUACAGACCCGACAUCGGAUAUACCGAAACAUUGUCUCCAGAACAAUGCAAAUGAAACAGUUGCAGUGCUUGAUUUAUCAAAGUCAAGAAGUGUGACCAGUUCAAGUAAUAACUGCCCGCCAAACUCGAAGCCUGAAAUCAGCCAGGCUUCUGGUCUUGCUCUAAAAGAGACGUGUUCAUCAUCAGGGUCUCGUCGACCAGAUAGAAGAAAUAGCAAAGGCAUUUUAUCAAAGCGUCCUCGUAUUAUGGAUAAUCCUUACCUUCAAAAAGUGUGUGCUGCAGGUAUAAAGCCAGUUCCUGGUAACACUUCUGGAUCUGGGUACUCCAGUGAGGGGUCAAAAAUGUUGAAAUUAGAGUCGACGGAGGUGUCCUCCAUGAUUGAUCGACUGUUCAAAUCUGUUGGUGAAUCAUCUGGAGUUAAGCAGGAUCCAUGUUCUGAUCAUGAAGACAGUGAACAUGUGAAAAAAUCUACACCUAUGGAGACAGAUAACCUUUGCAAUGAAGUCACUAGCAGUGAGUCUCCCCUUUCAAAACUGCCUGUGGGUCAGUACAACAGUUUGAAGGAACCUCGCCGCGUCUCGCCUGGGGGUGACAAUAUGGUGUCCUCGUGUGAUAUUCCGAUGGAGAUGUCUCCAACUCGUUCGGGUAGUGGCAAUGAUUCUAGCGAGUCACCUGUGGAAGGUGUAGUAAAGGAAGCUUUUGGUGAGAAUACACCGGAAAUAAUUGGCGCUAACAAAACAUCUGCGGGUACAGGGAACAGGGAGGUUGAUGCAGUUUGUGGUCCUUUGUUGGAAUCCAGUCAGAAUGGCACCAAACCAAAUUCCAGUAAUGAAAAUUAUGCUCCUGGAUCUGAGCAGACACAAAAUCUUAAAGACAAGGAUUCAUCCAGGCACGCUAUGGCAAAAAGCACUUCAGCAGAUGAUGGUGCCAAACUGGAAGCUGGGAGGGAUAGGAAUAAGGAGUUUGGUUUAAAGGAAAAGCACACUUUUUGGGUCAAAAGUGAUCCUGAUGCAGAUAAUGAAAUAGCAGCUAUACCCAGUAAACUGGACACUAGUGAGGCAAAGAAUGAAAUGUCAAACAGUGUUGGUAAUGUUGACAAAAAACUUGACACUAAUAGCCCUCAUACUGAAACAGUUCUAGAUCCUGAAACUGGUCUGUUUAAAGUGAAAAGCCCCAAAACUGAAUCCGACUCGGAGAUUGGUGGUACUGAAAUUGAGCAAGACGUUCCAGAAAUAGAGGAUAGCGCAGUAAAUGAGGGUGGUCUUGGUGGUAUAGACAUAAAACAAGAGGACAAAGCCGAGUCACUUGAGAAUGAAGCAAAAAGCAAUGAAAUAUUUACGAAAUCCGAGUCUAAAAAUGAAACCAGUUCCUUUAACGACUCGGAUUCAUAUAACUUCGAUGAUAUAUCAGAUAACUCUGCCUCCGCAUUUUUCUGUAAAACUUGGAAUUUCAGAGAAAGGCGGUAUGAAACUGAUAAGAGCAAAGCAGAUAAAAAAGUGUCCGAUUCGAAAUUACCUAUGAAAUCAAAUGCGGAGUCUGAAAAUUACUCUAAGGCAAAGUUAACUGAUGCGAGGAAAACAGACGCUAGAGCUGCUUCUGAUAUAUGUGUUGAGGGUUCGGAUAAGGAGAGCGUUACAUUUCCUACCUACAGCAGUGGAAGUGUGUUCCCUGGUUUUGAUCUGGACCCCGAAGCGACAAGCAAUUGUGAAAAUGCUGUUGAUGUGAAAAAGGAGCCGUCAGAAAUCUCAUAUAGCAGUACAUAUACCGGUAAGUUCGUGUCAGACUCUGAAGACACUGGCAGCUUACCGAGUGUGUCUCGUGCCACUUUUGGCUCUAGUCGAGGUAGGGGCGCCCCUCGUGGUCGUAAGGGGAAACGCGGGCGAAAGAAAUGCAUUGACAUUGCGCGACCAGGUCAUUUAUGUAAGAAGUGUGGUUUGUCAUUUGCACGAGAGGGUGAAUUAGAAAGGCACAAACGUAGUCAUCUCGGACAGAAACUUUAUGUUUGUGAAUACUGCCAUAAGAGCUUUGUACGUGGUUACUAUUACAAGUUACAUGUUAGUUUACAUGAGGUAACCGAUGCACCAUCUAGUCCCAAACAGGAAGCUGAAAGUGAAAACAUGGAUCACUCCGAUACAAAGGAAGUUUCAUCGAGUGAAGAGGACUCUGACGAUGGAGAUAGGUUGAUGGAGGAUUCUGUGUCAGUGAAGGAGAAUGAUUCAGACUGUGAUGAAAAGCCACUGAAAGAGUUGAUGCAUGAUAAAAAUGUUGAAGUGGAAUUAGAAACUGAAACUGAAAAAUCUGAUAAUGCGCAUUCUGAUCAUGAUUCUACUUUCGAAGAGAAGCCAUCUGCUUUAGAUCUGGUAGAUGGUGGUAUCGCACUUGGAAAACUUGAGGUCAAGUCUGAAAACGAGGAAAGUGAAGACUCGGUCAGUCCCUUGAAAAUAUCCUCCAUUGCAACACUUCCUGAAUCAAAACCUGAUAUAGCCCAGACAAGGAUUCCAUCCCCACUUCCUGGGCCUAGUCGCUCUUCAGGAUUCAUCACUAGUCCUCCUAACAAUAUUAAAAAGUCAAGAACACCUUCCCCGGUGCCAUCUGUCCAGGUGCCUGGUCAGUCAUCAGGGUUGGGUCCUAGUCCUACAACAAACUUGAAAAAGAUUACAACGCCAUCACCACCUCCAGGUCCUAGUCAGAAUGUUGCCCUUGGUUCACCUGUGUGCAAUACGAACAGAAAUGGAAACGAUGUAAAGAAGUCAAAUGGGAUAUGUGAUGCAUUCUUAGGUGUGCCAGUAAAGGACGAGUCACUUGGUCUGAAGAUCUCUUCUGUAGUGUCAUUACCCCCAAAUGAGGAGGAAUCUAGAACUGAGCCAAAAUCAACAAACUCUGGGCUCGGACAAUUUGCAACCUCUGGUCUCAAAAGGGAAUUUCUUGAUGAUAUUUCCGGUGCUGAUUCUUUGAGUAGAGCUAGUAUUCUAGCAAGUGCUGGUCUCACAGUGGAUACAAACAUAACUGCGAAUUAUGCAAAUUCUACUAUGGUAACUGCUACGCCAGAGACAGACUUCUCCCUCAUUUUGAACACUGAUCCUAUACCAUGUACUCCGAGUGAUUUCAUCUUUCCAGAUGAUGAAAUGUUCUCAAACUCUCCGAAGGAAUAUUUAGACUUGGACACCACGACGCGUCCCAAGGCUUCAGAUAUUGACCCAAUGCAGUUACUUCGUGUGGACAAUAUACUGAAAAUUGAACCGAAUGAUCAAGUUGUCCUGAAUAUUAAAGUUGAGACUGAUGUUCAUUUUGGUGCACUAGAAAACGAUAGUCAUGCCAAUACGAUUGUAAUCAAGACAGAGGAACCGAGUGAGGAAUGUCCGGGGCCUGUCUGUGCUAGUCCUUGUAGUCCAUUGGCUGGCAUUGAUAUCCAGGGUCUGGGCUCUUGGGAUGAUGACUCUGCAAGUUCAGAUUUGGAGCCCGUCACUGAGGAUUUGACUUAUAGACCAAGUUUACCUGAUCUAGUCCUCAAGUCAUUAACAAAGGCAGGUAGAAAAGGGAUUAAGAAGCCUCGCAAAGCCAAGUUCUUGCAUCGCUUCAAGUGCAAGCAGUGUACAAAAGAUUUUGCGCGCUAUGGCGAUCUGAAAAAACACGAGAGCCAGCACACUGGUGAAAAUUUAUCGAUCUGUGAAAUAUGUGGCAAGGUGUUCCUCCGCCGUUGUUUUUACUUGAUUCAUCUGAAGCGUCACCAGGGGGGUAAAUUUGUGCACCAGCAGUGUGGGCUGCGCUUUCCGAGCAAAACUGCAAUGAAAACACACAUGCGUUUUUGCAGCAAGUACAAGUACUGCGGCAGGAAAGGUGACACUCAUUUCUCAUUGCUGAAAGAGGGCAAAGAUGCUAGUAUGCUGCCGUUAAACUCCGCUCUAGAAAACAGCGAUAAGUCUGAUAUUGAAAACUCUGAGAACUCCAUGGGGCAGUUCGAAUUGUCCCGCAUAAACUCAGAAAGGGAAGGGGUCACCGAUAUCAAUGCAACUAUUGAAACUAACGGUAAUCAGGACAAUGGAGAAUAUAGUUGUGAUAUCUGUGGUAAACAAUAUAUGUGGUUAUCUGCACUUGUCUAUCAUAAACGCUUGCACACAGGCGAGAUGCCGUACAAAUGUCCGCAAUGUGGUAAACGUUUCCGCGCUGCCGGAUCACUCCGUACCCAUAUCCGUUACCAUAACAACGAACGUCCGUUUGUGUGUGAAAUUUGUGGGAAAAGUUACACGGAGCGUGGGACGCUGAAAAGCCACAUGAAAGUGCACACAGGCGAGCGAAAGUAUAAAUGCGAGUACUGUAACAAAUCGUUCGCUUGGCGAGAACAUAUGAGAUAUCAUAUCAAAACGCACACAGGCGAAAAAAGUCACAAAUGUGAAGAAUGUGGAAAAUGUUUUGUCGAUCGUAGUUCCUUGAAAAUCCACUGGAGGUCUCACUCGGACGCGAGGCCAUUUUCUUGCGGGAUUUGUGACAUGACAUACAAAUGUAGUAAACAGUUGUUGAUACAUCGGCGUAUUCAUACAGGUGAAACGCCAUAUAAGUGUUCUGCUUGUAACAUGCAGUUCCGGGCACUGGGCAACCUGAAGAGACAUCAAAUGACCCACACCAAGGAAAAGCCACUAAAGUGUAAAUUUUGUACAAAAAUGUUCCGCAGUCAUUCAAACUUGAGCGAGCACAUCAAUAUACACACAGGAAAUAAGCCACAUGAGUGUAAAUUAUGUAAGAAAAAGUUUGCCAAUUCUGGGUCUUUAGCCAAGCAUAUUGGAACUCACAGUGAUGAGAAACGCUUCGAAUGUGACCGUUGCAAGAAAUGUUUCCGGGAUAAGGGUGACCUGAAGUCACACAUGAGAAGUCACACCGAUGAAAGACCCUAUGCGUGCUCUAUUUGUGGCCAGAGAUUCAAGCACAGUUGCCAUGUCAAGAAACAUAUGAGGACGCACAACAGACAGAAAUAACUUUUCAUUGGGGUCAGAACUUUUUGUAUUUUGUUUUGGUUGGUUCUCAUUUCUUCUGAAAAAUAUAACUUUUGAAAUAAGAACCAGUCUCAUCACUGGUUACUUGAACCUUAUCUUCUUUCAAGUUGAGUCUGAAAUCUGAUGGCUGUCAGAAAUGCAACUGCUAAUUCUCUCUGCUUCUGUCCAAAAUAGUAAGUGUUCAAUUCCUCAUGCACAUAAUUGUCAACUUUUACCUGGGGUACAAGCUUUAUGCAGGGGGUAAUACUAAAUGUUGGAAUAAUCUGAUUAGAAAGAUUUUAGAUUUGACUGAGGUGAAAUGUACAGCAUGCAGUUUCAAUAUUCUGAUCUGCGCUUUAUCUGUUAGAAAGGAUGGAAUUUUGGCAUGUUGUUUUGCCUAUGAGUGUACAGUGUAAAAGAAGCUUGUGAUGACCCCAAUUGUCUUGGCUGUGAAAGCUUUCUUGUUUUUGGUGAUCUCGUGCAUUUUGGAAGUUGGCUGUCUUUGUAUUUUAUUCAAUAUUAGUUUGGUGGUUAUGAUGUGCUAUAGUUAUCAUGUUUUUGUUAUAUUUUCGUAACAGGUGAUCUCAUAAAUUGUCCUUUACUAUCUUUUUGCGACUCUAGCCGAGACAACAUUGAAAAUCUUGAAAUGUUCCUAUAAGGACAUUUAUCAUGGGGAAUUUGCACUCUUCCUUCUCGCAUUUUCUGAAUGAAGAAAGUAUUUGGUGAAAUUGAAACAAUUUAAUUGAGAUUGCUUUGUUAAAACAAGAAUGAUUAUUAACCUCAACUUUUUGGUGACAGUUUGACUGUGGUAUACUUUUUAAAAGUUUGUUGUUUUCUUGAUUUCUUUUUCAAGUUCUUCUUUCACUGAAAUAUUUUAUGAGUUAAACUUCACACACUUUCUGUUGGGUAUGCAUUUGGUUCAAAAACUCGGAACGUCAUUUAGUUCCAAGUCCACGGCUCACGAAAGAUAUCUUAAUCAACACACUGUGGUGUCCUAGCCUAAUUGGAUUGAAUAUUGUAUUGUUUGUGUACAAUUUGUUAUACAUUCUCUGCUCGGCAUGUAGACCUGGCAAGAAUAAGUGGAAGAGACCUGUCCUUUCACUGAACUACUUUUAGUUGACGCACGAUAUUCUGUGCAGCUCCAAAUUCAUUUUGAAAGCACAGUGUUUAUACAGUGCACAUCGAUUCAAGCCAGCCAGUUUUAUUGUGCAUUUUGUCUCCUUAUUUCUUACCCUAUAUUACACUGUGCAUUGUAAUUACUCCCAUAGUUUGGCAAACUUCAAAAUUUACUUUCACAGGGUGAAGAUGAAACAAGGUUUGUUUUUAUCAUACGGCCAUUGGUGCGAGGUUUGUGAGGAGGGUUAAACAUGUAUAUACAUGUAGAAUCUCUGUAAAUAUUAGAGGUUAGGUCUUAGUUGUUUGAAAUGCUGUAGAUAAGGCGGUUUUGCCCAAUAUUUGUCUCACUGGUGUCUUACACUAUCUCAAUUGGAACCAUUUUAGCAGUAUUACAGUACAACUGAUUCUUUACUGUUGAAUUGGGUCCAUUUGUUGUCAUGGAUAGCCAACUGCACUGCUUGUUGUACAUUUGAUGUAUGUAUGUGUCGGUUGCUUAUAAUGUGCAUCCUUGGGGAAGUAACUUGUAACUUCUUGUCUGUACAUGUUGCAUUGUCAGGCAGUCUUGUUUAAAGGAUUGAGAUUACCAAAUUGAUGUGUUUUUCCGAUCCUACUCUAUUGGCAAAUUAGACGGUCUAAAUCGCACCCAAAUAAGCGACUUUUGUCUCAGCAACCUGCGAUGCAACAAAAGUUCUUGUUUGUGUUGCUCAUUGCUGGUGCUUGCAACAAAAAUCGCUGGUUGCUGCAACAUGGAAUCAACAUCAAAUUCAGUAGUUACCGGUUUUACCUGCCGACGAGACUUGUUUUUUUUCAUCCUACCAAUAAUUGUCGUCAAACAAAAGGAAAUGUUUCCCUGUCAUAUGUUUUGACAUGUUUGAAGUUCAUGGGCUUGUUGAAA